AUGGCUGUCUUUUCCAAAAUUGGCAUUAUUGGAGCUGGCAUAAGCGGUGUAGCUGCUGCUAAACAGCUAUCCAAACACAAUCCAGUGGUGUUUGAGGCCACUGAUUCCCUAGGAGGUGUCUGGAAACACUGUUCUUACAGGUCUACAAAACUUCAGACCCCUCGUUGUGAUUAUGAGUUCUCAGAUUUCCCCUGGACACAAAGAGAUAAUACAACUUUCCCAUCUUAUGCUGAGAUUUUGGAUUAUCUAUACUCUUAUGCCGUACACUUUGAUGUGUUGAAGUUUGUGAUGUUCAACUCUAAGGUGGUAGAAAUUCGUUUUACGGGUGACCCCGAAACCACCGAUAUUGGUGGUAAACUGGGUGAAUAUGGUAGAGUUUUGUCUGGCAAGCCCGUGUGGGAGGUUGCCGUCCAGACCAACCCAUCAGAAACCAUUCAGUGGUAUGCCUUUGAGUUUCUUGUGAUUUGCACUGGGAAAUAUGGUGAUGUGCCAAUAAUACCUACUUUCCCCAACAACAAAGGUCCGGAAGUGUUCCAAGGACAAGUCUUGCAUACUCUUGACUACUGCAAACUCAACAAGGAAGCCAGUACACAACUGUUUCAAGGAAAGAAGGUCGUAGUAAUUGGCUACAAGAAAUCAGCUAUAGAUUUAGCUCUCGAAUGCGCUGAAGCGAACCAAGUGGUAUCAUAUAGGAGUGGCAUCACAAAUCCCCCACAGACUAUUCUUUUGCUAGGGUCUAUUGUUUAUGCAUAG